UCAGAUCAGUACAUCCCACUAUGCUUUGCGAUGGUCUGACAAGUGGAUCCAAGAUGGCGUAGAAAGUAAAGCUAGCAAUCAUUUGAAGGGUUUCCAAUCGAGUGCUAUAUUGCAACUUUGUAGACAUGACGAGCACCGCUUCCUUCACCCAGUACAUUGGCACAUUUGGUCACUUUGAUACGUUUUGUCCCUGAGUCAUGGCGGACAGGAGAGCGGAGAAGUCAUGUGAAGAAGCCAGCAGAUCGUUAGCCAGGCGGGAGUACGAGGCGGCAGUCAACCACAGCACAGACGCCCUGGUGGUCCUCGCACCACAAGCCCCACCCUCCGGCGCCCCCGUCCCACCCAGCCCUCCAUCCCUUGUCGCUGCUGCCGGACCCCUCCGCAGCCGUGCCCUGCUCUAUCGAAUCGCUGCCUUCUUACAGCUGAAAAACUAUGAUGAAGCAGAUGAAGACUGCAAACAUGUCCUCGCAGAAGAGAUGGCUCGAGGUGACGGUUCGCUACAGGCCAGCUUGCGCUUCAUGCUGUUGGAUGGCAGCCUGCAGGAGGUGGCCAGCAUCCUCUCUAAAGCCUUGUAUGGGGAGCCAAUGAACGGCAUUGUCGCAAAAGACCUUUCCAGAUUAAAAAUGCUCUUCUCAGAAAUAGAGUCGAUAAACAGAGAGAUGGCACCUGAAUACACGGAUGACCAGGAGGAAGAGUUCCAAGAUGGCUGGCAAUUCCGGCCUCCUCCCCGAGGAGUCACCAGCAGUGAGGAGUACACCCUCUGUAAAAGGUACUUGGAACAGGGCCUGUGUCGGUACGGGGCCCAGUGUACAUCAGCCCAUUCUCAGGAGGAGCUGAUGGAGUGGCAGAAGCGCUAUGCGUCGCGCCUCAUCCGCCUCAAACAGCAGCAGGAGAGCAAACACUUCACCGAGAGCUACAUGGAGACCCUGAUAGAGAAGUGGAUGAAUUCCCUCUCCCCAGAGAAAGUGCUAAGUGACUAUUUAGAAGGAGUGAAUGUAGAAACCAGCUCCAGCCUCUCUGUUACCGUCGCCACCAAAAAAUCUGCGCACUCCUGGACCUUCUCCUUCUUGUGCAAGCCGGCUAGAAAGCUGUGCCGCAUCGCCCUGCUCUACGAUGCCCACCGACCACACUUCUUCAUCACAGGUGUGUCAUCUGAGGAGCGGCUGCAAACCCUGUCCAACGGGUGCCAAGAGUGGACUCCAGGAGAGGAAACGGGAGUGGCAGCAGACAAUGGCAUGGACCACUGUGUCUACCAGGUAGCGGUGGGCUUCAGCACAGAAAUCUUUGGUACCUUCCGACAGACCGUUGUUUUUGACUUCGGCUCAGAGCCUGUGCUGAUGAAGCGGAUCAUGGUGGAUGCCGCCUCAAUUGAAGACUUGGACUACCUGAUGGCAGCCAGGCAGCAGCUCUUGAUCUCCGCAAAGCGCUGGGACCCUUCCUGUAAGACCAUCGUGGAAUUCUGUCCCAAUGAAACGAUGGCCGACCUGGAGCGAAGCCUCCUCUCUCGCUAUCAGAUCCCUCUGUCGGCAGACCAGCUCUUCACUCAGUCAGUCCUGGACAAGACUCUGACCAAAGACAACUACCAGGCCCGGCUGCAUGACCUGCUCUACAUAGAAGAGAUUGCACAAUAUAAGGAAGUUAGCAAGUUCAACAUCAAAGUCAAUCUCCAGCUCGUCACCAGCUUCAUGCUGACCGGCAUCUCUGUUGGAGCCAAGUAUGCCCAGAAUGGACAGCUCUUUGCACGCUUCAAACUCACUGAAACACUUUCUGAGGACACAUUGGCUGGCCGGCUGGUGAUGACCAAGGUGAAUUCAGUCCUGGUGUUGCCAUUUGGCCGUGACGGUCACAGCAGCCAUCCGCCUCCCGGGGUCAAAGAGCGUGUUUACGAGGCUGUGAUCGAGGAGAAGACCAAGGACUACAUCUUCCUAAGGAUCUGCAAGAACUGCUGUGAUGAGCUAGGGCUACUGCCUGACAGAGAACUACAGGUGGAGCUCCAGUUCCAGCUGAACAGACUGCCGCUCUGUGAGAUGCAUUAUGCUCUGGAUCGCAUCAAAGAUAAUGGCAUCCUUUUCCCUGACAUUGGAAUGGUCCCAACCAUCCCCUGGAGCCCCACCAGGCAGUGGGACGAGCAGCUGGACCCCCGUCUGAAUGCCAAGCAGAAAGAGGCCAUCCUGGCGAUCACCACACCCGUCACUAUUCCCCUGCCCCCGAUCCUCCUCAUUGGACCCUACGGCACCGGCAAGACCUUCACGCUGGCACAGGCUGUCAAGCACAUCCUGCGCCAGGACACCAGCAGGGUCCUGAUCUGCACACACUCCAACAGUGCAGCUGACCUUUACAUUAAGGACUACCUUCAUCCUUACGUGGAAGCAGGCAACGCGCAUGCCAGACCUCUCAGGGUAUACUUCAGGAACCGCUGGGUGAAGACGGUUCACCCGCUGGUCCAGCAGUACUGUCUCAUCUCCAACACACACAUCAAUUUCCAGAUGCCCACAAGGGAGGACAUCCUCAGGCACCGCGUGGUGGUGGUCACCCUCAGCACCUCCCAAUACCUCUGCCAGCUUGACUUGGAGCCCGGGUUGUUCUCUCAUAUCCUUUUGGAUGAAGCAGCCCAGGCCAUGGAGUGUGAAACCAUCAUGCCUUUUGCUCUAGCUAGCAAGAACACCCGCAUCGUGCUGGCUGGAGACCAUAUGCAGCUCAGUCCAUUUGUGUACAGCGAAUUUGCGCGUGAGCGUAACCUGCAUGUGUCGCUGCUGGACAGGCUGUAUGAGCACUACCCCCCCGAAUACCCUUGUCGCAUCCUCCUGUGCGAGAACUACCGCUCUCACGAAGCUAUCAUCAGCUACACGUCAGAAUUAUUUUAUGAUGGCAAGUUGAUGGCGAGUGGGAAGCAGCCCUCCCACAAGGACUUCUACCCUCUGACCUUCUUCACAGCCAGAGGAGAAGAUGUCCAGGAGAAGAACAGUACUGCCUACUACAACAAUGCAGAGGUAUUUGAGAUUGUGGAGCGGGUGGAAGAGUUGAAGAAGAAGUGGCCGGUGUCCUGGGGUAAGCUGGACGACACCAGCAUUGGAGUGGUGUCGCCGUACGCUGACCAGGUGUUCCGCAUUCGUGCUGAGCUCCGAAAGAAGAGAAUGCACGAGAUCAGCGUGGAAAGAGUGCUCAAUGUCCAAGGUAAACAGUUCCGGGUGCUGUUCCUCAGCACGGUGCGGACGCGGCAUACCUGCAAACACAAGCAGACGGCCAUCAAACGUAAAGAGCAGCUAGUUGAGGACUCGACAGAGGACCUCGACUAUGGAUUCCUCUCCAACUACAAGCUACUCAACACGGCCAUCACCAGAGCCCAGUCCCUGGUCGCAGUUGUGGGAGACCCCAUUGCACUGUGCUCUGUUGGGCGCUGCAGAAAAUUCUGGGAGCACUUUAUCUCCAUCUGCCACGAAAACUCCAGCCUACACGGCAUCACCUUUGAGCAGAUCAAGUCUCAGCUGGAGGCCCUGGAGCUCAAGAAGACCUACGUCCUCAACCCAUUGGCCCCAGAGUUCAUUCCCCGUGCCCUCAGGCCACUGCAAGGGCACCACUCUUCAUCGCAGGCCCUGCACCCCCACCAUCAUCCUCAUCCUCAGCAUGCACAGCUCGCCUCCAACAAGCAGGGUCCGCAGCAGCAGCAGUCACCCCCUAAGGGCAAACAUGCAAACCACACGGAGCACCUUCCACCUGAAGGAUAUGUCCAACCCAACCCGGCUGUGUUGAUGGGAAACCCUAUUCGGGCAUUCUCACCACCCUUGGGUGGCACGCCAGCUGGCAUGGGCAAGUCACCCAGUCCUGUUCAGAGGAUAGAUCCUCAUACAGGCGCCAGUAUCCUCUACGUCCCAGCUGUGUACGGUGGCAACAUGGUCAUGUCCAUGCCCCUACCGUUGCCUUGGCCAGGUUACCAGAAUCGAUUCCCUGUGGACCCUCGCAUCAUGAGCCACCCGGCAGCCAUGGCCUACAACUUUAAUCUGUUGCAGGCCCAGAAUCGAGGCUCCCCCAUCCCUUACAGUGGAGUGGCCCACCCCACUCACCUAGGAAUGGGCCAGCCCAGCCCUGACAAGGAGCUACAGGCCGACCCCAUCAGAAAUGGUAAAUUGGAAGGAUGUCCAAAGUCAGAACAGAGCCGUCUUCAGACACCAGAGAGGAAAACCACCGACAUGAAGGAAAAACAGGGAGAUUUAGACACAGGCCAAAGCCGAAGUCUAGACUCACAGCCAGACGGGCUUGUUGGAUUUCCCAAUGCGCUGCUCCAUCGAAAAGAUCCCUCAGCUGCCCAAAGACCCCUCAACUACCACCUGGCACCACCCAACCCAGCUUUCCCUCCACAUCCUGCCAGUGGAAGAGCCUUCCCCCCACAGUAUCCAGUCUCCAGGCUUCCUUAUCGGGUCAGCCAGCCUCAACACCCAGGGAUGGCCCCACCGAGUCAGCAGCAGCAACAGCUCAGCCCUGCCUACACUAGUGGUAACCACAACACUUCCUUCUUCAUUGGCCCCAUACCCCCUCACAGGGCUGUCCAGUCUCCUACUUUGGAUGGGCCGGAGCCUGGAGGGGUGGAAGACAUGAGCAGCUCCAUUAGGACUCCGAUGGGCCACCCGGGGGGCCACCACCCAGGCCUGUCACAGCAUAACAGGGUCAACAGCUUUGGGGAGGACGGACAGGAUGGAAGCCUGGGAGAUAGUUUGGACCUCCAGGGUCCCUUGGCUCUAGAGGCCCUGAGCCAGCAGCAGCAGGCAGCCAGACUGGGCCAGUGGGGGGAGGCGCCAGGCCCUUUUCUCCAGGGUAGCGUCCCCUUCCCUCUGCCCCAGCAGCUUGCCCACCUGGCUCAACCUGGCAUGGCUCGCUUCCCCCCUCAGCUGCUUCGGGCAGCUAGCUGGGGCCUUGGUGCCAAUAUCGAGGAUGAAGCUGUUACUUCUGCUUCCACUGGACCACCUUUCACCAGGUACCCGGGCCUCUUGAGAGAGAUGCCCCCACAGGAACAACCUGAACCCAGGGAUGCAGCUGAGAUGCAGCCUCCACCUCAAUCUCGUCUCCUCCAGUACCGCCAGUCCCAGUCCCGUGCCUCAGGUGACCCUUCAUCCUCUUUAGCCGCUACCCCCAAUCAUGCUGGACCUUUCCCAUCAGGACCCUACCCCCAUGACGCAGGCCGCGAUCUCCUUAACGACAACCCUCUCAACAACCCAGCUCUGCAGCAGCAUCCGGGAAACCCCCUUUAUAAUACUGGUAGCUACCCCCAUCAGCCACCAGCCCACCCUACCAGCAACCCUUCCUCCCAGGUCAAAUACAUGCUGCAAGAGGCCCAGUGGCCUCACGGUGGAGCUGCGUCAGUGAGCCCACCACAACAGAACCACCUGUUGGGGAACCAGGGCCACGGCCUUCCUUAUGGUCUGCCCAUCAUGGCUCAUCCCAGCAGGCAGGAGCAAGUCCACCUGAUGCAACUUCACCAUCAGCACCACCAGCAGCAGCAGCAGCACCACCACCACCACCACCACCAUCACCACCAACAACAACAACAACAACAACAGCAGCAGCAGCAGCAGCAGCAACAACAACAACAACAACUACCGCAGCAGCAACAACAACAACAACAAAGUCAAGGUCCAGACCAGGAGUCCUACCACCCACUUUCUCCCAGAACAUCAGCAGCCACAACCCUUCACAACGUAGAUGAGUAUGAACCCAGAGGUCCAGGCCGGCCUCUCUAUCAGCGUCGCAUCUCUUCUAGCUACCCAGAUGAAGCGUCUCCAGCCAACGCCCACAAUGUCCUGUCCCAACAGACCCAGCCCUGCACGUCAGACCUCCAGGACCACCCCCAUCAGCACAUACAGCAUCAUCAGCACCCACAUGCCCCCUACGGUUACCCCUCGCAUGACCUCUGGCCUAGUAAUGGUGGGGGUCCCGGCACGUUCCAGAACAUUCCAUGUAACGGAGCCGGUACACUCACUCAGCACCGGGAUCUUCUGGCUUCCAAGGCCCUUCGUCAGACAGAGGAGCAGGUGAAGGCUGAGGUCACAGCAGCACAGCAGACACACCCACACUCCCUCAACUCCCUUCAGCAUCUUGGACAGUUUCCUCCUCUCAUGGCCAAUAACAAGCAGCAGCAGCAGCAGCAACAGCAACAACAGCAACAACAGCAGCAGCAGCCACCGCCACCGCCGCCGCCACCACCCCCGCCGCAGGCUCCCACAGAGGCCAGUCAGGGGGCUCCAAAUUUGAGCAAACCACCGACCAUGUCCUACGCCAGCGCCCUCCGUGCUCCACCCAAACCCCGAGCUGUUCGCCCUGAACAGGUCAAAAAGAACAGCGACCCUCUCUCCCUCUUACAAGAGCUGAGUAUAGGAAGUUCAAAUGGUAGCAAUGGGUACUAUUCCUACUUUAAAUGAGUGUCACCCCUCCCACAUAUUAAGUAAGUGAUGAAAUAUAAAACUAAACAAAAAAAAAAAAAAAAAGGUAAAACUGUUUCUAAAAACACCAAAAAAAAAAGAUAGUGCAUUUAUAAAUUGUUUCUAUCAGUAGGUUUUUUUCUGCAUUUUGUUUCAUUUUAACUUUUUAUUUGUAACAGUCAUCUUUUCUCCUGUUUCACAUAUCUGUGAGGAAAAUAAGUAUAUAUAAUGAAUGCAUUACUGGUAUAUAUACAUACUCACUAUGUAUAUAUGAAUAUAUACUUAUAUUAUCUACACUUGUAUAUGUACGUAAUGCUAAAAAAAAAGUUAUAAAAAUAAAAUAAAUUAAAAAAAAAAAAAAAAAAAAAGAGUUUGGUUGACCACUUAGCUACCUGCAUAUUUUUCCUAAUUGAAGUUGGUUUUGUUGGUUACUAAAUAAGUAUGUUGAAGUUUUUAUCAUUUUGUAUUCUUCAGUUUUGAGUGGACGUCACGUCUUGAUUUUUCAUACUACUGUAGUUGUGGUAAUGGACAAAAAGCUAAGUGGUCAACUGACACAGAAACUACAUGGAACAGUGUAUAGAAGUAGAUCAAAUUUCCCCUAAUCUGUAAAUAUGAAGAAAAUAAAAGACUGAAUUGUAUGCCACAGACAUGUCCUUAAAUUCCUGUAUCAUGCUAGCUUUUGCAUUAUGAAUUAUUUUCCGUUUGUUGGCUUCUGAUCCUUAAUUCUUAGACAUCCUGGGAGAAUAGCUGGGAAUUAUUUUCAGUGAUUUAGUAGAAAAUGUGAUUAUUUACUGCUUAUUUACUAAAAUAACAAUACAAAUAUUGACUGCGCAUUUUUUACGCAGAUUCCUCCCUUGUUUGUUUUAAGGAUCAGAGAGCAGCAGACGUCACUGUCUGUGAUCAGAUUAUCCCAAACUGCUUCGCUUGUGGCCGAUGCUCAGUCAUUUUAUUUUAUUGUAUUUCUUUUCUUUGUGUCAACAGAAAUCUUCAACACAGAAGUUGUUUCAAUAACUGUUGAGGAUAUGAAAUGGGUUAUAUUUUUUUUUUUGUCACUAAUUGAUAUUGAGCUUUUUUUUUAUUUUUAAAAAAGGUUGCAGUACUCUGAAGGUUUGUGAAAGUGAAGGCAAAGAGGUGAGGUCAGAGUGAUGUCAUGAUAGGUAAGUUGAAACGGAGGGUGUGAUCAACACUGUCUGUCAGAUGUUUUUGAACACGCUAAAUGCAAGCUUUUUCUGGUUAAAUCUGAAGUAUAUUGAAACUGUAGAUUCAUAGUAAAUACCCUUUAAUAAUACACUAGUGUUUGUGGCUUUUUAUUUGAUUAGAAACCACCUUGAUCUUGGUCACAACAGCAAGCAGCAUACUGUAUUUGGAUCAUUGGUGCCGUCUAUGCUCUUAACAUACUGUUGGUCGUAUACUUUCCCAGUUUCUAGAUGCCUUUUCGUAGUGUAAGCCAGAUUGCCCAAAGACCAUUUUGCCAUCUUCUAAUCUCUGAAUAAUAUGAACCGUAUAACAGACAAUAAUCCAAAAUCUCACACAAAAGGUGGUAUUUGCUCCCAGUUCCAACAAAAGCGUUGAUCAUUGAUUAUAGAAGUAUAAGUCAAAAGCAUUUCCCGGAUCCCUCCUUUUCUUUCUGACUUCAUGGAAAUUAAAGCAAAUGGAUUGCUCAUGCCUUUCAACACUGCUUGAGAUUUAACCCCAAAAAAAAUCCUACACAGUGAAAGUAUACAGUACGGUGUUCAAAGACGUAUGACUGGUAGUGUGUUUUUUCGACUGAGCUAAAUAAGAACAAAUCGUUAAUGACGUUUGCACGUUGUUACUGGUCAUUCAAUUGCUUUAUUCACCUUUUUUUCAGUCUGAUCUGAUUAAUAAGUUGAUGUUAAAGCGGUAGAUUAAUCUUCCCUUUUUAAUUGAAUUGGAAAAAAGCUCAGACUGUGCUUCACAUUAGCGGCGUCAACACUACUUUCGUCAGACACGACGACGUGAUGAACACAACACAUUGAACGUUCACGUUUGAGGUCCGGUCAGUGAGUUGGUUGCUCUUUAGUCGACAUACAAACGCACACGGAAGCCACACAGCUUUCAUGCACAUGAAUUUCACUGCGAACAUAGUGAAGCCUCUGUGAUCUGAAGUACCUUGCAAGAGAAAUAUAAAAAGAUGCCGAUACUAUAUCUGCCAGGGCUUUUUCCUUUUUGAUGAAAGCAAUACUGGAAACAGUCGUCCAGUGCUCGGUCCUGUUCUAUGUAAUUCAUUUUAAUUGUUAGAACACCACUGCCCCAUUUGCAAAUUCCAACAUCCUGCUGUUUCAUGGCUUUCAUACAUCAUUUACAGUUAAAUCUCUUAAAACGUCACCUCCCCCAGAAAGCUAGUGCCCCACAGCAAAUAACUUAGAUGUGUUUUUAACAGUCAGCGGAGAGCUUAGUUGUUUUCUUCUUUUUAUUUUUUGUGCGUUUUUAAGUUUUGACAUUGUAAUUCAAAGGUCCAGAUUUUCUGACUUGGUGGAGAACAACACAUACUUGUAAAUAUGCAUUUUCUAGGUAUUUACAAACAAGAACUUUGGGAUCGCCUCAAUUUUGUAGAAGCUGUUCAAAGAAGAGGUAUGCCCUUUUUAAUUAUGCAAAUUCACAAAAAAAUAAUAAUUCUAAAAAUGGACAACAACCUAGUUGCGACAUCUUGUUGACAACUUUUUAGAUUUUUUUUUUUUGUUUCUUUUACAUAAGAUGGUGUCUGGCUGAUUUGACAAAGAGGAGAACUUCUGUUGCAGCUGUUAUAAGAUGACUUAUUUCACUGUACAAUACAUAUUUUUAAGUAUAUGUUGCUGAAUUUGUCCUGUUCUGUUAUCUCACCGCUGUACAACAAUCAACAUGGUUUGGUUUUUGUAAUGUGAAGUUUUUUCUUUUCAUGCAUGUUGAGAUGACCUGGCUGGUUUGUAUCCCUGUUUUUAUUAGUUUGUAUUGAUUUGUGGAUGAAAAAAAGAAGAAAAAAAAACAAAAAACUUUUGUUCAACCUACAGAAUCAAAUUUUGGUAUAUUAUUUGAUGUGUACAAUAACUUGUGACAAUAUCAACAAAACUAUUAUAAUAUUUUACUAACAUGUCAAUCGAGUAUGUAAUGGUUAUGUAAGUUCUUCUUUUCUGCGGUUUCUUAGCAGCGCUAAAGCGGAGGUUGCUCCCUGGUGUGUGUUGUAUUUCCGAAGCUUUGGACACGUGUGUUUGGGGGAAUCAUCUCUCUCCAAAGCAGUCGUUGGCUAAUCUCUGAAGUUGUGCAAUACUAAUAUUUCACCGCUUCUUCACUUUUAUUUAUUUUUUACACAGAAGAGAUUGAGCCAAAGACAUUUUAAAGGGAUUUUAUUUACAAAUCUGUGUCAUUGCUGAUUUGUUUUUAUGGCUUCCUUUUAGUCCUUUUGUUUCCAAAAUUAGUUGAUAGGAUCUUUGCUUUGAAACAAAGGGUUUUUACUCUUGUAAUGAAGUUCCACCUCUUAAUAUCGCACCAUAUAUCAUCAUAUGAAUUACUUUCUUUAAAGAAAACAAAGCGAAACCAACGUGUGUGUGUGUGUGUGUCUGGCAGGCGCAUGGAAAGGGAGCAACCUUUUGCCCAGCCAGUAGAGAGCACUAUGUUCAGCCUUCUAUAAACGCCACAUCUCUUCCUGUUAUCUGUUUGCUCUCCUCUGUUCUUCCCUCGCUGCAGUGAAUCAAUGGCACACCUGUUCCCCCAGCCUCCCAUUCCCAUUGGUUCCUCCCUCGUGGGUACAAAAUAAUGAAUAGAUCUGUUUUACUCUUCUUCAUUUCAAUUGGUGGUGGUUAUAAUAAAGGAUUUAGACUGUGUUUCAAAAGUUUAUUUUCUUUAUUUGUUUCUCUAUUAAAGUGUUUUUAUUGAAA